AUGCUUUCUGCUUCUAGCCAGUCUGCUGAGCUACGCAACCUCGCUCACCAGACUGUGCUGGAGAAAGAGGCUGCGGUUCAGCGCGAUCCUACCAACGCUGCUGCGUGGUACGAGCUCGGUGUGAAGCAGCAAGAGAACGAGAGAGAGCAGAAGGCGAUCCAAGCGCUUCAGAGAGCGGUCGAGCUCGAUCCGGAAUACAUAGACGCUUGGCUCGCGCUUGCCGUGAGCUUGGUGAACGAAGCCGAUAGGCGUCAAGCGUACGAUGCGAUCGAGGCUUGGAUCGAGCGGAACGCGCGCUACCGCGGGACGCAGAAACCUACGAGCACGGUAGCGAGCAACACCCAGAAGAUGGCAGAACGCCAGGACUUGCUCAUGCGUCAGCUAAUCGCGAUGGCAUGUGACGUCCCUGAGGGAGAGAUCGAUGCGGACGUACAGAUUGCCCUGGGCGUGCUGUUUAAUAUCAACGAGGAUUAUGAGAAGGCAAUCGACUGCUUCCAUGCGGCCUUGGGCGUCCGCCGAGAGGACUGGCAGUUGUACAAUAGGGUCGGGGCGAGCUACGCUAAUUCUGGAAAUCCGGAGAAGGCGCUUGAGUAUUACUAUCGUGCUUUAGAGCUUAAUCCUGGCUACAUACGGGCGAGGUACAACCUCGGAAUCGCUCAGAUCGGGCUAAAACACUACACCGAGGCGGCGCAACAUAUCCUCGACGCGCUUGUGCUGCAAGAAAGCGAGUCUGAAUCCUCCCGCUCCGGGCCAGGAAGCACAAAAGGCGUAACAGGCUCCACGCUCUGGCUCGGCCUGCGCAACGCUAGCGCGAAGUUACGUCGACCGGACUUGGUGACGCUGUGUGAUCAGCAGGAUCUGGAAGGUGAGUGA